AUGGAAGAUAUUAUCAACUUAACGAUUGGAGAAAAAAAUUUUACAAUAUCCAAAUCAAUUAUUGCUAAAAAACCUGAUGGAAAAGAGAUAGAAAUUCAUGAAAUUAAUGAUAGAAAUGCAUAUAUAUUUGAAAAUUUCGUUUUACCAUACUACGAAAAGAAUAUUUUACCAAAAUAUUCUUAUCAAGAAUCAUUCACAAAAAAAGAAUUUAUUGACGAAAUUUCUUUUUGGAAUAUUAACACAGAAACACUUAUUGAAAGAUGUGUUUCAACGAUAGCUAUUAGAAUUGGAACAUUAAUUGAUCUUCUACUAGAAGAUAUUGAAAAAAAAUUAAUUCAAUUUAUAAAUGAAUUCGAUUAUUGCUUCUGGUAUAAUCGUAAAAAAAUUUGGUCAACUGAAUUAUCAGAACUAUUAAGUUCCGCUAAUGGAUUUGUAUUUGAAUUAAUGGAACAUUACGGUGAUGAAAUAUGUAAAAAAAUCAAACAUAUUCUUAAUAUAGAUUGUGAAGUUAAAAUUAAACUUAAAAUUCGUACUGAAAGAUAUCUCGAUAAUAA